ACUACCAACCCGUUGUUACAGCGAUGUGGUACCGCUGCUGCGGGCACAGCUGAGCCGGAGCUGUUGAAUAGCUCAAACGGGACCUCAAGAUGUAUUAACAAAGAGUCAAGAACAAAAUAAAUAAGGAUUAUUGAGGUGCCACCCUGCCCGUCACUACGCAUAUGCACUUUUUUCUACAUGAUGGUCCAGGAAAUAAACACCACAGCAUGUUGCUAUUGUGAAGAAAAAACUUACUAGGGUAGGAUGCAGUCUUCAAACCACCGACUGCGAGAUAUGGAGCAGCACCACCCGCUGCUGUCGGCAGGUUCAGAUGUGGAGGCAGGGAGCCUGUCAGCCAGCGUCAUGGUUGGGGGUCCACACGCUAGCCAUGCAGCAGGAAACCGCACUCUGUGGUUUAUUCAGGACAGCUGUGGGAUGGUGUGCGCAACCAUCACCUGGUUUCUGGUGUUCUACGCAGAAUUUGUGGUGAACUUUGUCAUGCUACUGCCCGGCAAGAACUUCUGGUACUCGCUGCUGAACGGGGCCGCCUUCAACUCCCUGGCCGUGCUGGCAUUGGCCUCACAUCUGCGCACCAUGCUGACUGAUCCAGGUGCAGUCCCUAAGGGCAACGCAACCAAGGAGUACAUGGAGAGUUUACAGCUGAAGCCUGGUGAGGUCAUCUACAAGUGUCCAAAGUGCUGCAGCAUUAAGCCUGAGAGGGCACACCACUGCAGUAUUUGUAAAAGAUGCAUCAGGAAGAUGGAUCACCACUGUCCCUGGGUCAAUAACUGUGUGGGAGAAAAGAAUCAGAGGUUCUUUGUACUUUUCACUAUGUACAUAGCUUUGAUUUCAGCCCAUGCCCUGGCCCUCAGUGGUAUGCACUUCUUCAACUGUAUUAAAGUCCAGUGGAACGAGUGCAGUGACUUUUCUCCGGGGGUAUCUGUGCUGCUGCUGAUCUUCCUCUGUCUUGAAGCCAUCCUCUUCCUCACGUUCACAGCUGUAAUGUUUGGUACGCAGAUCCACUCCAUCUGCAAUGAUGAGACAGAGAUUGAACGCCUCAAAAAUGAGAAGCCCACGUGGGAGCGACGCAUGAGAUGGGACGGGAUGAAGGCUGUGUUCGGGGGUCCCCCCUCCUUGCUGUGGUGUAAUCCAUUUACAGGCCUGCGUCUGCGGCGUCUGUUGCUGGUGACCCACGGUCGCCGUAGUGGGUCUGAGUUUUCUGUCUGAGAGCAGAGCAGACCAAAGCAGCUAAACAACACUCGUCUGCCUCUUGAGCAAUGUGUUGUUUGUUUGUAAGGGAGCUGAGAUGAGCCUCCGCUCCCUGAAGCUGUUCUUUAUGUGUGGGUGACACACAGACAGGCUGCUCCAGUGCAUCACAACCACCGUUUGUAUUGUCAUCUCACAUUCUGAAAGAGACCCAGCACCUUUGGUCUGCACGAGAGACUACAACUGGGAAAUUGUUUGAAACAUAAGCAACUUUUUGUGUGUUUUAGGUAAGCAUGCAGUUUGUAACUCAACUGAGUCUUUUAUUCUUUGUGAGACCAUCAAAGGUGCGGAUGGAGCUCAAUCCAUGCACCUUCAGUCGCAGCUGCAGCAGUUCGAUCAUCACAAGACAAAUCAAGUUCAGUGGAAUGCUUGAAACCGUUUUAUUGGACCCAGACAGAGGAACUAUGGUCAAGGACAUGCAUUACUUACAUGGCACUUGAGGAAAACAUUUGGAUGUGGAGCACAGAAGACAUCAGAAACAGAACUGUGCUGCCUAGAUUUGCAUGUGUAACAGUUCAAUCAGUCAGGAUCUCAGUAUGAAAUCGAGGCUCUAACUAUGUUUGGAUGAAUGAACAGCAAAAUGUGAACACAAGCCUCAAUCUUAUUCAGAAAGACUGAGUGGCUUCUCCUAUGUCCUCAUCUUCUUUGUCAUGUUUCUGUCCUCAUGCUGAAAUUGUUUUGGGGGGCUACUUUGGCCAGUAAAAAAAAAAAAAAAAAAAAAAAAAAAAAAAUAUUUUUGUAUAACUGUCAGCGCCUCUAUCAUCACAGUGACUACAACUCAACAAUUGACUGUAAAGAGUCUCUGGAAAGGAACACUUUUGUUCCAAAUGUUCAUUUUGGAAAUACAAAUCACAUUUUUGUAUUAUUUGUCAAGUCCCUGUAAAUUUAGUAUUCCUCCCCUCCUUCAUGCUGCUCUAAAUCUUAUUUUCUGCGAAUUAUCGAUAAACCCAGACCACUUGUUUGCCUCUGUUUUCAUAUCGCAAUUCAGGUAGAACUUAGCCUGCUGAAAAGUCUGAAUGUUACUUAGUAUUAAUUCACUCACACAGUCUUUCCCUGUGUGGGCAACUAUCGCCUGAUUCUGUUUUCAGUUGGAAUCCAUAUGUAAGUACAGUCGGGUAAACUAUAUUGUAUUUAAACUCUUAGUAACAACUAUACGACCUCCUGAGACAGAGCAGGGUCUCAGACAUGGUGGCUUUGCAUGCACCUCAGCCAAUCUGUGUUACCACAUUUUAAAAACAGAACUGAAAACAUUAGCACAACCUCCCUUAACUCUUUUUUUGGGCUCAUUCUGGUCUUGAAGGCCAGACUCCAUUGUGCAGCCUGCCUACACGAUUACAAAGGAGCUGCUUUGCUGAAAGAGGCUGAGGUAGCCGGUUUAUUAUACAAGCUUUAAUACUGAACAAAGUCUGGAGGAGCUCGGCGGAUGCUUGAGAGGCCUUUCCUACUUCACUCCAGAAAUAUCUAGCCACAGAAGAGUAGUUGAUUCUAUUCCAGUAUUAUUAGAAUACUUACUCCUGCCUUCAACUUCAUACAGUCAAGUGAAAUUAUCAGCUUUUGUAUUGCCAUAUUUAUGAAGUGUUCUCCCAUAUUUGACGACCUAUUUAGACAUAAUCAAUGGGCCUCUUCACACUGGAAAACGGCUUUUUGAAUCUAAAGUUCAGGAUUAAAUGUCUUACUGGUUUUAUCAAAGUAUUGUCAAAGUCUGUUAUUUUGACAACAUACAAUACUGCUGUUCUCAUUUGUGGCCGUCAGAAGGAACUCCGUCUCCACUGUUUACACUAAAGGAUCAUAUCUGUUGCUCUAUGGCUAAACCAUGUUGUAAUUAGAAUGUAAAACACAUCUUUUUGUGGGUUUAAGUGACACAGCACUAAAACUGUUAUCAGGGUUUUUUUUAAUGCUGCACUCACAUGCAUCAUUUUAUUCUGCAGAACUGCAUGACCUUACCAACAGUUCUCUUAUUGCUUUUGCUAUUGUUAUUGUUUGCCAAAUAGCAGUUUCUUAUUCAUGCAACAUCAUUCUUUUUCUUAAUUUGGUCAUGUUUUGUUUAAACUUAACUAUAUUUUAAUUUUGGUCAAAUGCAAAGAAGUAAACAUUAACCAACCGUACACAAAAAGUGUCUUUGAGAGCUUUUACAAGCUGUCUGUUUGAUUUCUAUGUUUGCAGGAUAAUAAUCACUUUCUAUUUGAUAGUUUCACACACAAUUUGUUAUUAUUAAACAAUAGUUGCAGGUUGUAGUGGUAAAAUCCAUCUGGAGCCAGUGAGGAUUCUCAGUGAGUCAGAUGAAUAAUAAAUGUGAACAGAAAAGAUAAACAUCUGAAGGAGUGUGUAAGGUAAUGUUGGCAGUACUAAUACACUGAAACAUUAAACCUUUAGAUGUUUAUGUUGGACCUAGCAGGACAUCCGUGCCAGUUUUUGGCUCAUUUUGGAAUGACAGAUUUGCUGUGUAGAAUUGAAAUCAAUAUCAGUGGUGACUGGUGUGUUUUGUGCAAUAAUUUGGGCUUGGUUAAUGUGAACAAGUAUUUCAGAAUAGGUUAUUCUUGAUCCAUGAGCCAACUCAGAUGCUGAACCUAUAAAGGCUUAACAUUGGAGUUUAUACAGGGUAUGUAGGUCGACAUUUAUGAUCAGAGAUCAAAUCAAAGAACAAUUCAAAGAGUGGAACCCAGUGUGGUAUUUUCAUUGCUUCCUGCUGAAGCCGUAAGUAACCUUGGGGAGAGGAUUUUUUGACUGUGCAAGAUUAUGUAAUACAGUGCAACACUAUUCUGUCAAAGGCUUUUUUCCUAAUGCAGAAAACGUAGGAUAAAGAACAUUGUACGUUGUGAUGCUUCUGAGCGCUAUAGUGGUGUGACUACAGACUUAACCAGUAACAUCUCCAUAUACAGCUGAGAAAGGAUUUGUUAGCUGCUCUCCUGAGUGAAUGUUUCCACAAGGAGAAAGGCCAUCAGAUUUAUAAGUAUAAAGGUUGCUAUUAACAGUAUAAAAGGAAUGUUUUAUUGAAGUUUUUUAAUGGUGUCAUAAUCUUAU